UCUUUCGCCGCUAUCACCAGAUUGAACAAUUUGUUCAAUUUCGUCGAUAGGACCUUGACUUUUGGUUUUUUUGGUGGUUUUUCUCUCCCUUUUUGUGUGACGUACACGCCCCGAGUCAGUGUACAAUGAAUUCAUACAUUUGUGUAUUUGCAUUCUGCAUAAUCGCAACCGUAAAUGCCGGCUACGCCAAUAGCAAUUACGGACAUGGCGGCGACGAUUCCGGCGGCCAUUUCAGCAGUUCCGGCGGCGGUGGUGGUGGAGGUGGACACUUCAGUAGUUCCGGUGGAGGCGGCGAUAGUCACAGCUACAGCCACGACUACGGAUAUGGUAGCUCCGGUCAGGGACAGGGUCAUGAUGGUGGACACGGUGGCCAUUCGGUUCAACAAACUGUAGAAAUACACAAACCGUUCGUCAUUCCCGUCCAUCAACAUGUCGGCGUGCCCAUUCCGCAUUCUGUGCCAGUACCCAUCCCGAAACCAAUUGCCAUUCCAGUGCCUCAACCCUACCCGGUGCACAUCCAUGUGCCGCAACCCGUUGCCGUACCCGUGAUUAAAACAAUUACCAUUCCCGUGGAGAAACCUGUACCAUACAUUGUCGAGAAACCCGUCCCUUAUCCAGUUGAAAAACCCGUACCAGUUCAUGUGGAGAAACAUAUCAGUAUCCCCGUCCCUAAACCUGUACCGGUGCAAGUGCCCGUCUAUAAAAUCAUCUACCAUCACAGCAAGCAUUAAACUUGCCCAAAAAGUCCAAAGUAUAACUUUAGGAAUCGUCCGAGCUUGUUCGUGGAAGAUGCGAGAAUGCAAAGAACACAGCUAAUUUGCAAACAAUACCAAAUUUUAAUUUAAUUUAAACGUUGUAAAUUAAUGCGAUUUUAUAAUCAUUUGUUAACUAAUUGAUACUUGUUGAACUGUUGAAUGUUGUUUUAUGUUUUUUAACUUUUUAUCUUAUAUAUUUUAAUUGUUAAUAAAGACUUUUUAAUUAAUUCAAAA